CGGGGCCGGAGCCCCUGAGCUUGCCCGGGAUCCUGCACUUUAUCCAGCAUGAGUGGGCGCGCUUCGAAGCUGAGAAGGCCCGCUGGGAGGCCGAACGCGCCGAGUUGCAGUUGCUGUGGAGUCCAGCUCGUGGCAACCCCAUGUGUGUCAGUAGAACCGUGCUCCAUAGGGUUUUCAGUGGCUGAUUUUUCAGAAGUAGAUCACCAGGCCUUUCUUCUGAGGCGCCUCUGAGUGGACUACAGCCUUUUGGUUAGCAGCUGAGCGUGGUAACCAUUUGCACCACCCAUGGAUUCCUUUUGUUCUGUUACACACUAGUAAAAAUUCAAACAUCUCACAAGUGUACAUAUGAUUAAAAAGGGAAAGCCCCCCUUGCUCCUUCCUUCACCCCUUCCUUACUCUUCUCUCCAGCACUUCUCAACGGUUAUUUCUAUAAAAGUAGUUCAGUUGUAUGUGUGUAUUUAAUAUAUGAGAUAAUACUAUCUGUAUCACUUUGUGACUUUCCUCAUUUAAUGAUGUGUCAUGUUCCUUUCCUAUCCUCACACAGCUCUUCUUCAUUAUUUUUGAUAACUACAUAGUGUCCUGUUGUAUGUUUGUCCCACCGCUUAUUUAAUUUGACCCCUGUUGGUGGGUUUUUAGGUCGUUUCUGAUUUUUCCCUCUCAGAAAUGGCUGCCGUGAUUGUCCUUGUGUCCUGUGUGAAUAUAAAGUAGCCUAGAUGGGAGGAAGAGUAGAAUAGAUAUGCUGAUAAAGUGUGAAUUGGCUCUGCCAAGUUUGCCCCUCCAGUUUUCACUGUCAGCAGCACGACUUCUUACACCUCUUUACUAGAGCAUUUAUCACCUACAUAAGGUGGGCCUGCCAUGAGAGCCUUUAGGGCCUGGACUGUGUUGAGUUUUUCUGAUUCAGACUGAAGCUGAACAUAGCUGCUCCCGGCACAGGGCCUGCUGUGCAGCCAGGGCGCAGUAAGUGUGUGGAACGACAGAAGAGGCAGCGUCUCGUGAGGUCCUGCCAGGAGGCACCUGAAGUUUGGAGCAGAGAGGUGUUGUGGAUGUGGUCUGGUAAUAAGCAGGAAUUUGCUAGAAGGGGGGAUUCCGAGAAGUAGACCAUGUGGUUUCUGCCCUUUAGAAACUUCCAGGCUAACUGAGGAAGCUGGUUUGCUCAGGAGAACAAUACAAGUUUGUGCACAGUUGUGUUCUCGAUUAUGUGGCAUUUCUGGGAUGGGAAGAUUUUUGAGGACAGGAGGAACCUUUUGGGGCAUUUCCUGCAGGAGCAGAGACAGAGAUGCGACGAGCAACUGUGGUGCCAGCAGAGAAGGUGGAGCCAUCCCCCUGCCCGCUCCCAGCCUCAUGGGAGCUCUGCGGGACCCAGUGGGAAUUCAUCGUCACCAGGAGCCCCUGUAGCUUGGGACGGAGGCGUGUAGGAGCUACAGGGCUGGGCAGAAACGUUGGCAGCAGGGGGCUGGGGCAGAGGUAGAGAGAGGCCUCACUCCCCAGGGGCUGAGAUGCUGAGGUUCCUCAGGAAGUUCUCUAGGUGCUGCCUGGCUGAAGCGAAGGAACAGCCGGAGGAGAGGUGGCAGGAUGUGUCAGGAUGGCUCUGGGGGCGUGUGUGUGUCCUGCCAGUCUGGCCAGAAGGAGUGCUGUGGGCAGAUAGGGUGCGUUAGAGUACUUCUAGAUCCCUGCCUUACCUGCCAGCCCCUGCGGGGGCUUUCCCGGAUUAUCCAGGUCUGGGAGACUGGCCACCAACACUUCCCCUUUGGGUGGGAUCCCACUAGCAUGAGACACUUCAGCCACAUCUUUCUGGUUCUUUUUCCUCCGCUCUUGUCAGAGGAGCUGGGGAAGGGGCACAGGAGCAGAAUGGCCAGAGCCAGAUCCUCGUGUCAUAAUUAGCAGAAGGGAGGUAAGGACUUGAUCUGGCAGCGGGGAGAUGACAGGGGAGGCUGACAGAGCGUGAGGGCUGGGUGUGAUUCUCCACUCCACUUUCUUCCCCCACAGACAACUGGUCACUGGUUCUUAUCAAUGCCACCUCCUUAUUAUGGCAGAUCCACUCACCUCACUGCCUCUAUCCUCCAUCCUAGUCCUGGCUGCUCUCAUUUCUCCCUGGAAUUUCUGUGACCAAUCUCUCUGUCUUUAAUUGACCCCCCAGCCAUCAGUUCUCCAUGUUAUAGCUUGAAUUGCCUUUGUAACAUGCAAACCCAGUUACAUUUCUGUACCUAAAGCCCUUCCAUGGCUUCCCUGUGCUCUCAGGAUACACUUCCAACUCAUUUAACUGAUGCUGUGGUCCUUUGAUGGACCUGUGCACAUCACUCAUUUUCCUCACUAACUCUGAUCAGUGUGGCUGGACUAUUGAGGGUUCCUUUAGCUUGCCAGGAAAUCCUGGUGGUGUAAUGGUUAAGAGUUUGGCUCCUAACCAAAAGGUCAGCAGUUGGAAUCCAUGAGGCGCUCCUUGGAAACCCUAUGGGGCAGUUCUACUCUGUCCUUUAGAGUCACUAUGAGGGGGAAUGGACUCGACAGCAAGAGUUCGGUUUUUUGGUUUUUUGGCUUGCCAGGCACACUUUACUUCCCCUGGCUAACUCCUACCCAGCCUCAGUUCUCAGCUGAACUGUCACUUCCUUAACUCCAGAAGUGGGUGGGUGUCCCUCCUCCCAUAGCAUUCUUCGCUACCUCACUGUGGCCUCAUCACAUUGUAUGCGUCAUAUACUUUACUACUAAAUUCUUGAUUCAAGGUCUCAUGUCUAUAACCAAUGACUUCCUAGAGCAUGGAUUCUAGCUUUUGAUUGUGACAACUAUGUCUUAUGUCUUCCUAGGAUAUACUAGUUGUCACUGCUCAUGCCUGUCUUUUACACUGUGGUGGUAAGAACCAUGUAUCUCCUCCAUUAUUCUGCCAGUGCCUCCCAAAGUACCUGACAUGUGCUAGCAGUCUGUUAUGAAUUGAAUUGUAUCCCCCAAAAAUAUGUAUUGUAAAUCCUAAUCUCCAUACCUGUGGUUAUAGGGAGUGGGUUUUCUUUGUUAUGUUAAUGAGACAGUAUUAGUGUAGAAUAUGUCUUAAGUCAGUCUCUUUUGAGGUAUGAAAGAAAUUGAACAAGCAAGCAGGGAUGGGGGAAGAUAGACGCCACACCACAUGAAGAUCUCCAAGAAACAAGGACCUUUCCCCAGAACAGACAGGAGCCUUCCCCUGGAGCUGGCAUCCUGAAUUUGGACUUCUAGCCUCCUAAACUGUGAGAAAAUAAAUUUCUGUUUGUGACAGCCACCCACUUGUCGUAUUUUUUAUAGCAGCACUGGAUCACUAAGACAGUCGCUAUGUAGUGUUGAGCAUUGAACAAAUGUCGGCUCUCACAGGCGGUACCAGGGCUGGGAAGUAGAAGGAUCGCUCAUGGAGUCCCAGAAGGGCAGGGAGGACGGUGAGGAGAUCACCUGGGGCUUGUGCUUGGUGAUCUUCCUUUUCUUCUCCACCCCCUCCCCACCACAUAAAUGACUCAUAAGCAGAGUAGAUUUGGGUGACCAAGACACAAAGGACAAAAAUUCAGACUUCAGAGAUGUUGACCAUAUGUGAGUCCACCUCUCUGUUCUUAGAUAUUUAUGCUCGUAAAUAUUGAUUUUAGGAGCAGCCCUGAUGCAGUGGUUAAGCACUCAGCUGCUAACCCAAAGGUUAGUGGUUCAAGCCCACCAGCUGCUCCAUGGGAGAAAAGACCUGGCGAUCUGCUCCCAUAUCACAGUCUUGGAAACCCUAUGGGGCAGUUCUGCUCUGCCCUAUUGGGUUGCUAUAAGUUGGAAUCAACUCAGUGGCAACAGGCUUGGUUUUUUGGUUUAAAGUAUAAAAUGAAAAAGUGUUAAGAGGAAAAGAAAUCCCAUUAUCUCAGUGACAGGUGAAGUUUCUUUUACAUAGCACACCUGACAACAUGUAAUUGUGUAUUGUUUGUCCCAAUGUGUAAGUCCAUCCCAUUCGAAGCCGUGUCCUCAGUAUACGUGGUGUGGGGGAUUAGUAAAUAUUUGUGAAUAAAUAAAUGAAUGGAUGAUGCUUUUGUCAUGCUUUAAUGCACGUGUAUCUCUUUUUAUUUAUUCACAAGGAAACAUGCUAUUCAUACUACUCUGAACUUUGCUUUUUGCCACUUGAGAAUAUACUUUGGCAGUCUUUCUGUUUGGGCAUGCAGGUAGUCCCCAACUUACGAAGGGGUUCUCUUCCCAUGACUCUGCCGUAAGUCGGCUCUUACACCUCAUUUUUUUUGUUCAUUAUUAUUGCCUUUGUUUGCUUAUAAAUCUGGUCUUUAUUUGUCUUUGGGGGUUGACAUGAGAAUGAUAAAAUCAGUAAAUUAUGGCUGCAACAUCGUGUGUAGUACGUAUUACUAAGGACAAGAUGUGUAAAAAAAAAAGACGAUCAUAAGUGUAGGUUGUAACUCGAAUACAAUGUAAGUUUUAUAUGUGUAUGUGGUAUUUUUUAAAACGACUGUCUAGUUUUCCAUUCUAUAAGGAGAAAAAAUGGUUUAGCCAGCUCUCUAGUUAACCAGUCCCUUAAUGGGGCAUUUUAGGAGCCCAGGUGGUGCAGUGGUUAAGCACUUGGCUACUAACCCAGCAGAACGGUCGGUGGUUCGAACCCACCAGCUAUUCCGUGGGAGAAAGGCUUAGUGAUCUGUUCCCAUAAAGAGUACAGCCUUGGAAACCCUAUGGGCAGAAUCGACCCAACGGCAAUGGGUAAGGGAUAUUUAGUUGCUUCUAGUUUUCUUGCCAUUACAAACAAUGGUGCAUACAGUACAUACAGGUACAUACAGGUAGGCGUAGCAUUGCAGGCAUGCCCGGAGAAUAAAAUUCCUACAGGUGGAACUGCUGGGACAAAAGGAAUGUACACUUAACAUUUUUAUAGAUCUUGCCAGAUCGCCCUCAGGAAAGGUGGCGUCAGUUUAUGAGCCCUUCAAUAAUGUAUGGGUAUGUGUGUGCCAGUUUCCCCAGGCCCCGGCCACUGCGAAGUUACUCAGUCUGUGUUCAGUUCUCUGCUAACCUUGAGAGACAGACCUGGUUUCGCAGGCAUGGCAGUAGCGCUGUGGGCACAGGCCGUGCUGUGCUCCAGGGAGAGGGGGUGUGGAUGGGUCCGGGCCCUGUGAGCCCUGAGGAGAGGGAGAGCAGUGUGGGCAUGCAUCUGAGAAGGCUGCCUAGAGGAGAUGUCCGGAGCUAGACUUUGAGAAGGAGCCAAAACUAAACCAAACCCUUUGUUGUUGAGUUGAUUCCAACUUACAGCCACCCUAUAAAAAAAAAAAAUUUUUUUUCUAUAGGUGUAGUAAAAUUGCCCCAUGGGGUUUUCAAGGUGGUAAUCUUUACGAAAGCAGAGUGCCACAUCCUUCUACCUUGGAGCCACUGGUGGGUUUGAACCGCCAACCUUUCAGUUAGCAGCUGAGCUCUUAACCACUGUGCUACCUGGGCUCAUUUGAGAAGGAACAGGGGCUGGAAAAGAUGUCUGGGGCCAGAUUGGAGGCUUCCGGGAGAGCUGAUGAAGUUCUUCAGCAGGCAUGUGGAGCUUGGCCCUAGGAAGAUGGAGCUGCCCAAGGGGGCAGGAGGCCCGUAACCCACAGGUCUCCCUGCUUAAAUGGUCUCAAGUCUCAGAGAGAUCCUAGCUCCCCUACAGAACCAGGCCUGUUUUGAAGUUGUAGAAGAAUGGACGGGGAGAAUAUAAAUAAUAAGAGAGGUAGGAGCUAGCAUUAUUAGCCUUUAUUCUGUGCCAAGCCUUGGACCGAGAGGAACUUAACACCUGAAACCCUUAUAACAAGCCUAAGGGCUAGGUGUUUCGUGAGCCUCAUUUCCAAGAGGGGGACACGGAGGCCUGAGAUCAUGCAGCCAGGAAGUGGCUGAGCUGGGCCCCUGGGCUGGGAGACGGAGCCCUUGGGGAGAAGCCAGGAAUAAGCUGGAUGCCAAGGACUUUGGCAGAAGGGCCAUCUGGUUAUGGUCAGGGGCCAGGGUCCUGCCUAGAAGAUCGUUGGCCCAAUUUCUCCAAACAACCUGUUGUCAGACCAGGACAGACUGAGAUAGCCCAAGCCACCAGAUGGUGUGACAUGGUCGACAGGAGCCCUGGGUCCUGUCUGUGGCACGUCUCUCUCACUCCCUGGGCAGACUUCAGCGGGAUGGUGCUCGCACGAAGCUUUUGCAUUGGAGCAGGAGCUGAGCCGAGCCACCCACUCUUGUCCCUGAGCUCCAGAAGUAACUUCCUACGCUUCCCAGAGACAGAUGCUGUGGCUCAGGUGGCGUUCCUCCAGGGAGAAAGAAAAGGGCAAGAGAAUCUAAAGACAGACCUGGUGCGGCGGAUCAAGAUGCUGGAAUAUGCACUGAAGCAGGAAAGGGCCAAAUAUCAUAAACUCAAGUUCGGGACAGACCUGAACCAGGGGGAGAAGAGACCAGAUCUGUCAGAACAAGUCUCCAAUGGCCCUGUGGAAUCGGUCACCCUGGAAAACAGCCCGCUGGUGUGGAAGGAGGGGCGACAGCUUCUCCGACAGUACCUGGAAGAGGUGGGCUACACGGACACCAUCCUGGACAUGCGGUCAAAGCGUGUGCGCUCCCUGCUGGGCCGCUCACUGGAGCUCAACGGGGCCAUGGAGCCCAGCGAAGGGGGCCCAAGGGCCACGCCAGGCCCUGGGGUGCUUAGCGGGGGCGAGUCACUGCUGGUGCGGCAGAUCGAGGAGCAGAUCAAGAGGAAUGCAGCAGGCAAAGACGGCAAAGAGCGCUUGGGUGGCUCGGUGCUAGAGCAGAUCCCCUUCCUGCAGAACUGUGAGGACGAGGACAGCGACGAGGACGACGAGCUGGACAGUGUGCAGCACAAGAAGCAGCGUGUGAAGCUCCCCUCCAAGGCCCUGGUGCCUGAGAUGGAGGAUGAGGAUGAAGAGGACGACUCAGAGGACGCCAUCAAUGAGUUCGAUUUCUUGGGCUCUGGGGAGGAUGGGGAAGGGUCUCCAGACCCCCGGCGUUGCUCUGGAGAUGGGAACCAUCAUGAGCUGGAAAGCCGUCGGGUCAAACUCCAGGGAAUUUUGGCAGACCUUCGCGAUGUGGAUGGGCUGCCUCCCAAAGUGAUUGGCCCACCUCCUGGCACUCCCCAGCCCCGGCCGCACGAAGGUUCCUUUGGCUUCUCCUCAGACGUUUUCAUCAUGGACACUAUCGGGGGCGGGGAGGUGAGCCUGGGGGACUUGGCAGAUCUCACCGUCACCAAUGACAACGACCUCAGUUGUGAUCUGUCUGACAGCAAAGAUGCCUUCAAGAAGACAUGGAACCCCAAAUUCACCCUGCGCUCUCACUACGACGGCAUCCGCUCCCUGGCUUUCCACCACAGCCAGUCAGCUUUACUCACUGCUUCUGAGGAUGGCACGCUCAAGCUCUGGAACCUGCAGAAGGCAGUCACAGCCAAAAAGAACGCUGCGCUCGAUGUGGAACCUAUCCACGCCUUCCGCGCUCACAGGGGCCCUGUGCUGGCAGUAGCCAUGGGCAGCAACAGCGAAUACUGUUACAGUGGUGGGGCAGAUGCCCGCAUCCACAGCUGGAAGAUUCCAGACCUCAACAUGGACCCCUACGACGGUUACGACCCGAGUGUGCUGAGCCAUGUCCUGGAGGGCCAUGGGGAUGCUGUGUGGGGCUUGGCCUUCAGUCCCACCUUCCAGCGCCUGGCCUCUUGCUCUGCUGAUGGCACCGUCCGCAUCUGGGACCCCAGCAGCAGCAGCCCGACCUGCCUCUGUAACUUCCCCACAGCCAGUGAACAUGGGAUCCCCACCUCAGUGGCCUUCACCAGCACCGAGCCUGCCCACGUAGUGGCCUCCUUCCGCUCUGGCGACACCGUCCUCUAUGACCUGGAGGCUAGCAGUGCCCUCCUCACGCUGGAGUCCCGGGGGAGCAGUGGCCCAACCCAGAUCAACCAGGUGGUGAGUCACCCAAACCAGCCCCUCACCAUCACUGCCCACGAUGACAGAGGCAUCCGCUUCCUGGACAAUCGGACAGGGAAAUCUGUGCACUCCAUGGUCGCCCACCUGGAUGCCGUCACCUGCCUAGCCGUGGACCCCAAUGGUGUAUUCUUAAUGUCAGGAAGUCACGACUGCUCCCUGCGCCUGUGGAGUCUGGACAACAAGACAUGCGUGCAGGAGAUCACCGCCCACCGCAAGAAGCACGAGGAGGCUAUCCAUGCUGUGGCCUGCCACCCCAGCAAGGCCCUUAUCGCCAGUGCUGGUGCCGACGCCCUGGCCAAGGUCUUCGUAUGAUGCCUGCUGGGCCCCGCCCUGGCCGCCACACUGGCUGGGGAUCAGGGCUAGCAGGGCCUAGGUGAGGGGCUGCUGGACACGGAGCCUGAGUCCCUGGCUCAGGUGGCAGAAGUUCUCCUCCUCUCAGUGGUGCCCUCGCUCACCCCACCUAGCCCAGCAUUUCCUGUGGGCCCAGUCCCACGGGACACCCUAUGAGGAUUGCUGGGGUAGGCCAGGGUCUUAGAGGACGGGUGUGAGGCCUCAAAGGGCCCUGGAAGUCCAUGGUCCAGGCUCCCCACCCUUGUCUCCUGCAGGUGACUCCCAGCCUCCCACUGGAGGCUCAGAGGCCUAGCCUCUCCUUGCCUGCCUUGGAGCCUGGUGGUGCUAAGGUCUUUCCCCCGCCCAGGCCUCCUUCAGGACCCACCCUACCGAGGAUUGCCUCUGGGGAAUUUUCUUUUUGGCCCCGACCCCGACUCUGGUGUCUGAGCUGCCUUCUCGAGGGCAGCACAGCCAGGGCCCGGUAUCCUUGGGGAUCAGUUUUUCCAAGACACCAGAAGGUGCCAGGUGCCCCCUUGAGCCCCCACCUUCCCUUCCAUCCUCCCAGACCUGGGUGGGAGCUAUGCUGGGAGGAGGUCCUAGGAUCUUGCCCUCCUCUGGGCCAUCUGCAAGCCCAGAGCCAGGGACUACAGGCUUCCCCAUAGUAGGAGCUGGGGCCGGGCCCCCUUGUGGACCCCAUCACUCCCCCAUCCCCUCAGUUCACUCAGCACUGCUCUGCAGACACUAACCAGCACCACCAGGGCCAGUAACUGCCUGAGGGGGGACGCCCUACCUCCCCAAUACUCCUCCAAGGGCAGCCCCCCAGCCCCUACCCAUGGGUCACCCAUGGAAAGAGUUAGCCUUCUCUUGCCCCUGCCAGGGGCGUGGAGGAUGGAGUGGGGGCCAGAGGCCCGUGACUCCCUGUAUAUCUGUAUAAAUAAUGGGAUUUUAAUGGAGCCCCACAUGGUUGUUAUCACUGUGUGAUAGUCUUUGUCAGUCUCCUCUCCUGCCCCCUACUCUGCUCCUCUAUUUAUUUCACUCUCUUCGUUUGGGUCCCACCCAUCCCCUUCAGUCCCCCUUCCAGGUUCCUGUUUAUAAGCCCCUCCCCUCUCGCCCUGGACUUGUACGUGAAAACUUGUCUCAGUAAACCCUUUGGAGUAAGACA